GCCCUGGGCGGGCGGGCGGCUAUAAAGCGGCGGCGCGGGCGACUCCCCACAGGUGCCGAGCGGGGUCUGGCGGCGAGAGGAGCCGGACGCUGCCCCGGGACGAGCCGGACGCCCCGCGGCGGCUGCAUGGCGCUGUGCCCAGCGCCCGAGGCCCGCGUGCGCCUCGUGUUCUUGGGGGCGGCGGGCGUGGGCAAGUCGGCGCUGAUCCGCCGCUUCCUGCAGGACACGUUCGAGGCGCGGCACCGGCGCACGGUGGAGGAGCUGCACCGGCUGGAGCUGGAGGCGGGCUCCGGGCUGCGCCUCCGCCUGGAGAUCCUGGACACCAGCGGCAGUUACAGCUUCCCGGCCAUGCGGCGCCUCUGCAUCGCCCGCGCCGACGCCUUCGCGCUGGUCUACUCGCUGCAGGAGCCCGACUCCUUCGCCGAGGUGCAGCGGCUGCGGGACGAGAUCCUGGAAGCCAAGCAGGGCGCGGUGCCCAUCGUGGUGGUGGGGAACAAGAGCGACCUGGCGCCGGGCGCGCCCGACCCGCGUAUCGCCGCCGCGCAGCGGGACUGGGGCUGCGCCUGCCUGGAGGCCUCGGCCAAGCAGGGGCGCAACGUGGUCGGCCUCUUCCAGGAGCUGCUGAACCAGGUCAACCUGCCCGGGCGGCUCAGCCCGGCCCUGCGGCGCCGCCGGCCCCAGACCUGCUCCAAGGAGCCGCCGCGCCGGAGCGGCAAGAGGCACAGCUGCGCGGUCUGCUAGGCCCGGCGGGGCUGCGAGCGGAGCCCGGGGAUCCGAGUGCCGGGCGGGAGCGGGGUCCCCCGGCAGCUGGAGUGGAGAGUGGGGCUGUGGCUGCCUCUCUCCCCUUUGCUGGGUUCUGAGGGCAGGGGAAGCCUCAAAGGCAGCUCCCUGCCUCCAGUGAGCUUGUACCUGACCUCUGGGGAUGCUGAUGGGGGGUCUCCCUCCCAGUCCCCGAUGAGCGCUCACACCGCACUGCAGGCCGGGUCUCACUCUGCCAAAGCCUGACCUUCUCGGUCACUGAGGUUACAAGGCUCCUUAAACCAGAGCUGGGUCAAGAUCCCUUCCCUGCACAGGCUGCAGCUUCCAGGGGCCUGACUUGGUUCCCCUGGGUCACCUCUUAUGUCCGCUGAGGGCAGCGGAG